AUGAAAGUUGACAAAGUGUGCAAGUUAGUGUGCACGUUGGGUGAAAAGAAGAAAUACAUCGUGCACCAUGAAACACUGAAGCUUUACAAAUCUCUUGGGAUUGAAAUAGGGAAGAUUCACCGCAUCCUUAGGUUCGAUGAGAGCCCUUGGAUGAGAGGAUAUAUCGAUUUGAAUACGGACUUACGAGCCCUAGCUCAGAAUGACUUCGAGAAAGACUUUUUCAAGCUAAUGAACAAUUCAUGCUUUGGAAAAACGAUGGAGAACAUUCGGAAACGUGUGGAUGUGAGACUUGUAAACUCGGAAGAGAAGGCGAAGAAGUUAGCGAAUAAGGUUAACUUCAAACACUGCACCAUCUUCUCCGAGAAUCUGUGCGCGAUUGAGAUGAGGAAAACACAAGUUUCCUUCAACAAACCGCUCUAUCUCGGAAUGAGUAUACUCGAUCUCAGCAAAACACUCAUGUACGACUUUCACUACAAUUACAUCAAGCCCAAGUAUGGAGACAGAGCAAAGCUUUGCUUCACGGACACAGACAGUCUCUGCUAUGAGAUUCAGACCGAUGAUUUCUACAAAGAUAUUUCUUCUGACGUGGAGUGUUUGUUUGACAUAAGUAACUUUCCGAAAGAUCACCCUUCUGGGAUACCAAUCGGUGUGAACAAGAAAGUUGUGGGGAUGAUGAAAGAUGAGGCUGGGGGGAAGAUUAUUGAGGAGUUCGUGGGUCUGAGAGAAAAGCUUUACUCCUACAAGAUGCUUGAGGGUAAAGAAGAGAAGAAGUGUAAGGGGGUGAAGACAAGUGUCGUGAAACGUACCAUCAGCUUCGGUGACUAUAAGAAAUGUCUAUUUGGCGGUGGGCCACAGCUUCGGAAGAUGAACACGCUUCGCAGUCGAAAGCAUGCGAUGUUCAUGGAAGAGAUCAACAAAGUCGCUCUGAGCGCUGAGGAUGAUAAGAGAAUCAUUCUACCGGANUUCGUGUAUAUGUACCGAAACGUAACGCAACAAGAAAAACAAGGACAGAGGAAAAACGUCACGGACUAA